UAUGGAUAUACAAAUUGAAAUCCGAUGAAUGUCUUAAUUGGAAUGUGGACUUUUUUGCGCAAACAAAUUAUUACUUCAAACGCGUGAGUCUGGCUAAAUAAAAACUGAAAAGAAACUCGAUGAAGACUCAAAUAAGAAAGUGCUGAGCAGGCAAAGAUAAAAUCACAGAUAAAAUCAAUUAACUUCAGUGGGAGUAGGGUCCAACAAAUGUAGAUAAUCCACAAUAAGUGCUGGGUAAAAGGGGAUCAAAGUGCGUUCAACAGCGAAAUCCGCAGAUUGCCCGGGCAUGCAGAUACCCAGAAAAUGCGUUACCAACAGUUGGCCCACAGCGCGAAAUCAAGCUGGCACUCAUUAAGCCAAAUAGCUGCUAGCCUAUGGCUACGCUACCAUUGUUUGCCCCAUUCCCCCCCCAUCUCCCCUAUCCUCGCCGCACUCACUCACAGUAUCCGGCUCGAAGGACAAUUGCCGCUGCUGGCAUGUCGGGCUGCCGGAGUGGGAUGAGUUGGGUGCGGGGUGAUGAUGCGGACGCGCCUCGAAUGCCUAAUCCUGUCAGCAGUUACAGCUUACAAAAGCAACAACAACAUCAUCAGCAGCAACAACAACAACUGGCAGGAAGGCAAACAGCGAUGACAACUUGCCAGAGGCAAAGCGAAGAAAAAAAGGGGAAAAACGGCGAAAGCCCGCGUCACACAGUGUCAACACUACACAACACAACACUCCAGCUUGGAUGGACCAACUGGCAGUGAGGCUGGACCAAAAAGGACGAGACGUGCGAAAUGUCAGCCGGCGUCCAGGACAUUGCACACUAAAAGCUGGCUGGAGCAGCUCCAAGACCAGUGAGCCGCUGCGUCCCGAGGAGCAGGAGGCCAUCAUCUCGGUGAUCCGGCGCAACGAGGAGAUCGAGGUGGCCGAGCGGCAGCGGGUUGGCCGCCUGGUGGAGCGCGUCGAGAAGAUCAAGCAGCAUGCCGUGGAGCGGGGACCCAACUGCUGUCGCCUGUGCGGCGACACCUUCGGCAUCCUGCGGCCGCAGCGCAUCCUGUGCGAGGACUGCCGCCAGUCGGUGUGCGCCAAGUGCAGCGUGGACAUCAACAUCCGCUACCACACCAGCGAGCGGUCCCGCGAGAUCUGGCUGUGCCGCAUCUGCUCCGAGACGCGCGAGAUGUGGAAGAAGUCCGGCGCGUGGUUCUUCAAGGGUCUGCCCAAGUACGAUAUGCCGCGCAGUGCCAGUGCCACGCCCAUGCCCACCCCAGGACCCGGAUCCAUGGCAGGCGACACGCGGGCCGUUCAAAGCUGUCAUGCGACGCCAACACGACCGGCGCGGGUGAAGAAGCUAACGAUCCGGGUGAACGACAGCAGCUCCAGCAGCAGCGGCCAUUCGGAGCCGGAGGACGAGGUGGACACCGGCGUGGGAGUUGGCGUCGGCGGAGUCGGUGGGGUCAUGGCCAAGGGCAUAACCUCCGCCCGUUUGCAGCGCGAGGAUAGCUUCCGGCUGAGAGCCUACGGCUCUAUACGCAGCUUCAUCGAUGGCGGCGAACGGAAGCUGUCCAACUCCUUCUUCUUUAGCCGCCAGCAAAGUCAACGGCCGUCGGAGUGCCCGGAAUACGACAGCGUCAGCAUGUCGAAGCUGCGGCGGGAGAGCAGCUUCCUGCGGCGCGGCUCCGUCAGCUCGUCCUGGUCGAUCAGCGACAGUUCCGGCUCCGGGUCCAACAACUCCGGCAACUCACAAUCGCAAUCGCAGUCUCAGUCGCAGUCGCAGUACCAGCAGCACCAGCAACAGCACCAGCAGCACUGCCGAGAUCCGCUGCUCGGCUGGCUGGAGAUUGCCAUCAGCUAUCGGGAGGCCUUCCACAGCCUCGACUGCACGAUGGUGCGGGCCAGGGAUCUGCCCGCCAUGGACGCGGCCGGAUUGACGGACCCGUACUGCAAGCUGAACAUCAUCACGCCGGAGGCGCACACCAAGUACACGCGAUGGCAGCGCACAAAGACGGUGCACAAGACCCGCAAUCCGGAGUUCAACGAGACGCUGCAGUUCGUCGGCGUGGAGCCCGAGGAGCUGGGCAACUCGCUGAUUUACGUGGCCCUCUUCGACGACGACAAGUACGGCCACGACUUUCUCGGUGCGGCCAAGGUCUGCCUUUCCACGGUGCACAGCACAUCGCAGUACCGUAUUUCGGUGCCACUCGGCGUGGAGGACCAGUACAGCAACGCGGCGGAGCUGGCCCAGAACUGGCCCAAUGGCAAGAUGCUCCUCUCGCUCUGCUACAACACCAAACGCAGGGCGCUGGUGGUGAACGUGAAGCAGUGCAUCAACCUGAUGGCCAUGGACAACAACGGCAGCUCCGAUCCCUUCGUCAAGAUCCAACUCAAACCGGAUGCGCACAAGAACAAGAAGCACAAGACCAGCGUCAAGUGGCGCACGCUCAAUCCCAUCUACAACGAGGAGUUCUACUUCGAGGCGAGUCCCCACGACCUCAACAAGGAGAUGCUCAUCCUGACCGUGUGGGACAAGGAUCUCGGCAAGAGCAACGACUUCCUGGGCAGCCUGCAACUGGGCGCCCAAAGCAAGGGCGAGCGCCUGCAGCAGUGGCUCGACUGCAUCCGAUUGCCCGAUCACUUCCACGAGAAAUGGCAUUGCCUCGCCCCCGACAAUCCCGCCCACUGAGUAGCCCCCCCAUCCGAUCCCAACUCGGUCCACCCCAGUCCAUGCGAUUGCGAUCUUAUCUGUACCGAUAUGGAUGUUUUCCUGUAGGACACAUUUUUGCGAACUGAUUUCUCAGCCAAGUUAUGGCAACACGAACAAUAUCUUUUACGUCAAGUAGUUCAAGA